AUAAAUCAUAUGUCCGUAAAAUGCUGAAAUUAYUACGCAAGAAAAUAGAGUCGUAAAGCUGAACAAAAACAACAACAAAAUAUAGCAAAACUAUGCCCGUGGGGGAGGGCAUCGUAGUUAUUWUGAAAUUCGAUACMCAUUUCGAUGACAAAGCCACAUUCAAAGCUUCGUAACAACUUGAACCUUUUUYGGAGGGGAAUAACAUUUUCCCAAUUGCGAGUUGCAACUCGCUUCAGUAGGAGAAAUGAAGUUGAGUUGCAGUUUAGGUUUAAUGUGUUGCGGCACGUUUGCAGUCUUUCUGUCCGGAGUUAUUUUCUUGGUAUUCGUCCGUGUUGAGCUUCAAAUAAACAAACGAGAUCGCCAACACAAGGAUCUGGUUGAAAGACUAUCGGCAAUUGAGAAGCGUUUUUCUUAUGCGAUGACUGAAAGCUCUGAAGCUUCUUCCAAUCGAAUACCUUUAAGCAUAUCUUCUGACAUAGCGAGGGUCCGUCGGAUGGCGCCAGACGAUUCAUCAGCGCGACCCGACGAAACCAAAGAACACUACGGUGUGGGGGACUUUGGACUUGUGACGACAAAGGAACAUGAAAAAGCUUUAAAGAAAUUAAGAACAGAACUCGAAAUAAAAAUACUUGACAUGCAAAAAUCGAAUUUUGUCACAAUCAAUGAAUACAAUUUCACACUAAGUACCUUAAAAAAAGACUUAAAGAAAAUUCGAGAAAGUACAAGAGAACACACCCAAUCCCUUGGAAACUUGACCAGAAAAUUACGACAUAGUGAAAGAAAUGUAUNAGCAAGGAAUAAUAAACCAUACCACAACCAUUGA